GCGUGGCCGCAAUCCGCUUCCGUAAGAAGCAGUGCACUGGGCCGCCCAGAGCUCCGGCAGCCAAGUUGCAGGAGUGAUGGCCAAUGGCGUCUCGGUCGUGAGGAAUUACUCCUGUACACUUAUUCAGGGGACAAGUCAGGCCAUGAUAUCAUGAGGAAUGCGCUGUCUUUUGACGUGGUAGUGAAUGCUUGCUGCGCCUUUGGAGGAUGCUGGCUGCAGGUGUCCGCAGGCUUUUCCGGAAUGUGCAUUGCGCUGUCGAGGUGGACGUGGACGUGGACGGGGCGCUUGGGAGCAUGUAGCUCUAAUAUGCAGUACUUUCGUGCGUACCUGGUUCCGGGAGCGUAGCCUAGGCCCGUACCUUAGGGGGCCGGGGCCGGGGCCUGGGGCUCUCGGCAUGCUUAGCGCGGGGAUCGGGUGCGCACAAGGUACGUCCCUCAAGGUAGAGAUUCGGGCACCGAUGCACUCUUCUGACCCCACAAGUCACGGUUGCAUGGUCCCCAGGCUACAAGCUGGGAAGGCCGCGGUGGAUACGGGCCUAAACACAUGCCAUCGUCGAAAUGCUGUUCACCCGCAAUUGUCGACACAUGAGUCACGACAAGCUUCCCAGCCACGUCGAAUAGCACAUCCAGCCUGCAGUCUGUGCGAUCUUAGUCCCAAUGACCGACCCUCUGUCUAGGUCUUGCCUCUGAUACCAGAUGUCGAUCGUCUAGCAACGCUUGGACCUUCCCUCAAUGGUGAAAUGGACAACAAAACAUCAUCUGGCUGCGAAUAGACUCUGAUCUGCGCAGCUUUGCCUCAGCCACUGCUUCCCAACGUGGCUGGGGCUUGACUGAAUCCCCGGCGAGGCUUACAUUGGUCGGC